CUCAAGUGGAAAGACGCAUAUUUUUUACUCCUCCUUCUUCACUUUUAAAAGACGAUGACGCUCUGGAGAUCGAUUCCCAAUGUUGAUUCAGAGAUUGUGAAAGCCACGUUAAAGAAAUACAAUGAACUCCCUAAGCAAGGAAAACCGCUUGUCCAUGAAUCAAAGGCCGAAUGGACUGUCUUGGCUUCCAUUGUUAUGAUUUACUGCUGUACAUACGCUUCACUUUCAUUUUUAAUAAAAACUCUUUUUUGACGUAAUUUUUUUUUCCGUUUGCUCAAAAGCUAGUAAGGAUAAUUAUUCGAUUCAAGUUAUGUCCUUAGGAACUGGCCUCAAAUGCUUGCCGUUCAGCAAACUUUGUAAGACAGGAGAUUUACUAAAUGAUAGCCACGCAGAAGUGAUCGCUCGAAGAGGUUUUUUAAAAUAUCUAUUAGACCAACAAGCUCUGAUAAUGAACGAAAGCAAUACCAUCAGUCCAUUUUACAUGGAAAGGGACCGUCUGAAACUGCGUCCUGAAUAUUCCUUCCAUAUGUACAUUAGUCAAUCACCAUGUGGCGAUGCGUCAAUGUCGGCUUUAGCCCAAGCACAGACUCCAGAAUCCUUGGAGGCCUUUGAAUCAGGGCAAAAACGGAAACGGUCUUCCGUUGAAGAUUAUGAUAUUUUGGUAGAGAAUAUCUAUAAAAAUAAAAAAAAAUUAAAGUUGGCUAAUGGUGGUGACGAAGUGAAGCAAUUUAGAAGGGGUCGGUUUGGUUUUGACCAACUUGGAAUUCUACGAACUAAACCAGGGAGAUUGGAUUCAGAGCCUACUUUGUGCAUGUCGUGCAGCGACAAGCUAGCAAGGUGGAAUGUAUUAGGUUUACAGUCAUCAUUGCUGUCGUCUGUAUUUGAUCCUAUUUACCUGAGCUCGAUUACUGUCGGAGACAUGUAUGACAAGGAAGCAUUGGAAAGAGCUCUUUUUAAACGCAUAGGGAUCAUCAAAGGAUUGCCUGAACCAUACAAAAUUAAUCGCCCUGACUUAUUCAGUACAAAGAUACACUAUCCAUCUUCGAAACUGUCUUUGGAAUCCUCCAAAAAUUUCAAGGCCGUUGUUUCGAGCUCUACCUCUAUUUCCUGGGUUAUCGGAAUGGCAAAACCUGAAGUUUAUGUGAAUGGGUGUAAGCAAGGUGCGCCAAAGAAUAAACCUCCUACAGCGAAGACAAGGCCAACCAUUUGUAAAAAGAGUCUGCUACAGAAGUUUUUGCAAAAUGGGUCGAAGGCUGACGAUGAGCGGCAACAAUGCACUUAUUUCAAGUGGAAGCAUGAGUCGACAGCUUAUCAAAAAGCAAAAUCGAUUCUUUUGGAUCAAGCUUUUGAUAUGUGGGUUCAAACACCUUCGGAGUACGAAGAAUUUACAGCAUGUCAAUAAUAAAUCCAAUACCUAUAAUUGCAUAACACCUAAAAAGAUACACUGUUGCUUUUGUACAAUGUGAGUAUAUACACCUGUGACAAAACAGAGUCGAACAUUUUAAAACUCUGCAGGCGACAAAUCCUUUCCUUAUGAAACAAAAGCAGUAGUUUCUUAGUAACUCAAAUCGCUUGCCCAUGCCCAUGGUCCGCGCUUCAAAUAUGAAACAAGUCAGAAGGUUAGCAAUGAUAUGGCUUUUAGCACACAUAUACAGCACAAAAUUCCUAGCAGUUUGAUGGACUGUUAACCUGUUUGUUAUUGUCAUACUCUCGCAUGUCUCACAUCAACUGCAUUUGUUUGGAAUAAAUGAUACUCCUAUGACCAAAUAUUUACAAGCAAA